AUGGAGAGUACUCGGGAAGCCCGAGUGGAACGAGUCGCUCGCUUCGCCUCGACCUCCGCUCGGGGCCCAAAGCCGGGCCGGGCGGGGGCCGGGGACGCUCAGCGCUCCGGGGGCGCUGGGUGGGCGGGCGGGCGGAGGCGGCCUCGCUGCAUUCUGCUCAAUCGCCCCCUCUCGACUCUGCCCACGAUUUCUUUGCAGAGAAACGUGGGGAAGUCGAAUGGAAGUGCUGAGGUGUUGAGAAGUGAAAAUGGAAGAAGGGAGAGGACCAAAGCCUUGGGGUGCAGCCCUGCCCCACUCCCAGAUGUUCCUUUAGGCCGCUUGCCCCGUGCGUCCAUCAACCCACCCCACCUUUCCCCAUCUGGGCUCCAGGUCCAGGACGUCCUGCCGAGAUCAGUGGGGCAAAAGGGUAAUUAUUACAUCAUCCUUGACAGGAAGACUGAGGGAUGGUUCCCUUUGAUCAAUUCCAAGACACAGACCAACAAGGCCUGGGGAAGUAGGGUGGAGAAAGGAGCAGAAUGCCUCCGCCUGGAUAGGAAAGCAAAUCACGUGUGUCCCUCGCUCAUCUCCAGCCAAGGCUAUAGUGUGAGUAGAAAGCUCUGGAAACACAGUGGCUCUCUUAUAGAUCACAGCAGCUGUUUUAUCAAGUAUGCUGUGAUGUUGGCCCUACCUGCAAAAUAUGAUAAAAUGAAAUCACCAAUGGCUCUUCCAAGAAAAGCAGAAAAUCAACAAAGCACUAUCAACUGAAGUUCUUUUAUUCCCUAGGUAGUGUUCAAUUUAUUCUGCAUUUUGAAAUUUUAUCUUGAUAUUACUUGCCACCUACAUACCUCAAAGAGGUAUUGUAAGGAUUAAAAUAAUGUCUUAAAGUGCUUUGAAACAGGGAUGAAA